AUGUUAGAUGAAAUUCAUAGACAAGAACGUGAAGAGCUAGAGAACAAGCUUGAAGCAAAAGACAAAAACAUACAGAAAAGAAUACCACGUUCGGUACCAAAAGGAAAGGAAAAGAACUAUAAGUAUAUGAUUUACACUGAAGAGAUGGAAAAUGAAGAAGACAGAGAUAUGGUUAUGUUGCAUUUAGUCAGAAGAAACAACAAAAGCUUUUACGACUUAGCUAAGAUUUACAAAUCUGACAGAAAUUGGUUCUAUCGCGAAAACUUACCGAUUUCAAUGACACCAAAUGAAGAUGUUAAACAGAUAGUUCAAGAUACGUUACCUCAAACACACUAUGAUAUGAAAGGUUGUACAAUACUUACAUUCAAAGAAGAUUUGCCGCUACUGAAAGAAAAAAUAACAGAGUAUUUUGACAACUUCAAAGAGGAAGAGUAA